AUGAUAACCGCAACACCAAACUUGGAAGAACUCAAGGCUAAACAGAAACGUUUAGUUUCGGAGCGACGAGCAAAACGUAACCAGGUUAGAGUCAAGCUGUGGGACGAUGAAGAUGAACAAGAAACUCAAUACCCAUUUGCUGGGAUUAAAAAUGUUGAAGAAGACGCUGCAUGUAUUUAUUGCAACAGCCUUUAUUCCCAGUCGAAACCAGCGAAAGACGAAUGCGCUCUAAACUGUAGAGCUACAGGGAUGAACUUCUUCGCAACUCUUAAUAAGACCGUUAUCGAUGGAACGCCGUGUUUGUUUCCAAUCGCUCAUACUGGAAAAGCAGCACCGAAAGGCACAAGGGGUAUUUGCAUUGACGGAUAUUGUAAGGCAAAGAUGGAACAUUCUAGCGCUAAAUUGAUGUUGAAAAAAUUGGCUAGGGAAACCUAUGCUAUAGAAAAACCAAGUGGUUCUAAAAAUAUUCAGACCACUACAGUAAUUAACAGUGAAGUUCCUGAAAAUGAUACCAAUAAAGUUAAAGAGGUAGAAUAUCCUAUUACUGAGGAACCUUUUGAGGCGGACAUAAUUCCUGAAAGUAGCCAUAUCGUUAGUCUUUCAUUUGAAGACCUAUCCAACUAUAAGCAAACUGAUAAAGCAGAUUUAUGUUAUAGAAUUAUUCCACCCAACACAAGUAUUGAGGAUAACAAUGUCAUUUUGAUGAAAGUAAUGAACAGUAAAAUGGGUCAGCAUGAAAACGAAUUGCCCAAGGAGACUGAAGAUGAGGCAAACACUGAUUUCUCUUCUUUUGAUAGUGUAAAAGAUUUCCUCUGUACACAGAGUCCAUCAUCAUCAUCUUCUUCGAAUACUUCGUCUGAAUCAUCAACAUCAUCAUCCAAUUCAAAUGAAGAAAAUGAAGAACAAGUUGGCAAUAUACCACCAAAUGAAACAGAAAUUAAAAAAAGAGGGCGAAAAACGAAAGCCGAUCCUUUGAGUUCAAUUAAGGAAAAAGCAAAGCGUUUGAACCUCUGGGUUAGCUUACUUAUCAAACUCAAAAAAAAAAAAAAAUAA